AUGAGUUCACCAAUUAAAGAAACAACAAGAAGAAGAUUAUCACCAAUAAAAAUAUCAUCACAACCACUUUCAACAGAUUUAUCACUCCCUCUAACAAUUGAUCAUGUAUCACCAAUCAAAAUAAGUGGAUCUCCAUUAAGACGACAAAGAAUAAGUGAAAUGGAACAAGAAUUUGCCAAACGAAGGAAACUAACUCCUCAAACCAGUCCAAUUAAAAAGACUACCAAAUCAGUUUCAUUUGAUAUAGAAGAAGCUAGUAGUGCAGGUGGCAUAGAGAUGAGAUUGAGUAAUAUUGAGAAAUCAAUUCAAUCUAUUCAUGAAAAGUUGGUUACGAUUCAAACAAUGCAAGAGAAGAUUUAUGAUAAGUUAGAUAAAGACAAUAUCACAUUGCGACACGAUGUUGAACGAGUACAACAAUUAAUUGACGAUUCAGUACAAACAAUCUAUAAAUAG